GAGAUGCAGGAGGAGUUUGUGGGCGACUUCCAGGUCGGGGAACGAGUCUGGGUGAACGGGAACAAGCCUGGAUUCAUCCAGUUCCUCGGGGAGACCCAGUUUGCCCCUGGUCAGUGGGCCGGGAUCGUCUUGGACGAGCCCAUCGGCAAGAACGACGGCUCGGUGGCGGGUGUGCGCUACUUCCAGUGCGAGCCGCUGAAGGGCAUCUUCACCCGGCCGUCCAAGCUGAGUAGGAGCUUGCAGGCCGACGAUGAGACCAACUGCCAGCAGCCAGCGCCUGCCGCCUGUGCCACACCGCCCCUGUCGGCCUCCCCGGCCCUUGCCGGCACCGCGAAGGUGCCCCAGUCCCCCGCGAAGGAGGCACCGGCCACCCCUCACAUCAGCAGCCUGACCAGGACGACCAGCGAGUCCAUCUCCAACCUCUCUGAGGCUGGCUCCCUCAAGAAAGGGGAGCGGGAGCUGAAGCUCGGGGACCAGGUGUUGGUGGGAGGCAUGGAGGCCGGUGUGGUGCGCUUCCUCGGGGAGACGGACUUCGCCAAGGGGGAUUGGUGCGGCGUAGAGCUGGACAAGCCACUGGGCAAGAACGAUGGUGCCGUGGCCGGAAGGAGGUACUUCCAGUGUCAGCCCAAGUAUGGCUUGUUUGCUCCCAUUCACAAAGUCACCAAGAUCGGCUUCCCGUCCACGACGCCGGCCCAGGGCAAGGUGGCCGCCGUGAGGCAUGUGAUGGCCACCACCCCCGCCAGCCUGAAGCGCAGCCCUUCGGCCUCCUCGUUCAGCUCCGUCAGCUCCGGGGCCUCAUUCGAGUGCAGCAGAUCCGGCCGCACGCGACUAUUGCCGGAAACCUCCUCCCGCUACGCCCACAAGAUCUCUGGCACCACCGCCCUCCAGGAGGCGCUGAAGGAGAAGCAGCAGCACAUUGAGAAGCUGCUGGCCGAGCGGGACCUAGAGCGGGCGGAGGUGGCCAAGGCCACGAGCCACAUGGGGGAGAUAGAGCAGGAGCUGGAAGCGACCGACUGGGAGAAGGUGGAGCUGCUGAACCAGCUGGAGGAGGAGAAGAGGAAAGUGGAAGACCUCCAGUUCCGAGUCGAGGAGGAGUCCAUCACCAAAGGCGACAAGCUGGAGACGGCCAUCGCCCCGCACCAACAGGCCAUGGGCGAGCCGAAGGCAUGCGUGAGCCAGGGCGUGGGCGCCGAGGCGGCCGAGCUGGCCGAGCUCAAGAUGCAGAUCGAGAGGCUACAGUUCGAGUACCAGCAGGAGGUGGAGAGCCUGAAGGCCCAGCAGGCGGCUGAGCGUGCAGCGCAAGCCUCCGAGCUACAGACGCUCAGGUCGCGGCUGUUCAGGACGGCCCAGGAGCAGAAGAACAGCCUGGAGGCCGCACGGGCCAAGCUUGAGCAGAUUGAGGACCAGCACCUGGUGGAGAUGGAGGACGCCCUGAACAAGCUGCAGGAGGCGGAGACGAAGGUAAAGCACGGGCCCCCGCCCACCCUGCCCCACCUGAGGGGCCAGACGCCGAGGCCGCCGUCCAGUCCUGCCGCCGCCGCCGCCCGGUCCCCCGGACAGACGCCUCUGGACUGA